AUGCUGGUGGUAAGCUCUUGCAUCCCAACCAUCGCCGCCAAGCGCCGUUUCUCUAACAUUCUCACCAGACAAAACAUGGCGCGGAGCUCUGCGCUCACCUCGUCAAUGAUAUUUGCGGCGAGCUGCCAGCGCAAAGGCAGAUCGAACAUCGCAACUCUCGUCCACACAACAGGCCUCAACCCGCGUCAGCUACGCCAUGGCCUCGCAGUGCUUGUCCAACAGAACCUUGUUUACCACCAAUCCGAUUCCAAGAACGUAACUGCGACUUACGAGGCCAAUCCGGAUGGCUGCUACAACCUGAUCAGAGCUGGCAAGGUCAUUGAGAUGGUUGGGAUUGAGUACGGCUCUGCGGAGCAGGAAGUGGUUCAGACAAUCCUGCAGCUGGGGCACGCCAGGGUUUCGGAUUUGGCGCAAGCGUUCGAUGCCAGGAACGAGGCGGGUGUCAACGGCGACUAUACGAACGGCCACACUAACGGCGAUGGCUCCAAGCCAAAGACCAACGGACACUCGAAUUCAUUCAUCGACAUCCACGCCGUACUGCAUCGAUUGGUCGCGGCCGAGAUCGUGGACCAGGUCGGACCUAAGACGUUCAGAAAUCCAGAGGACGUAUAUAACGAGAUCGAGGAGGAAGUCACCAAAGCACCCCCGGGAGAGAAAACAACAGCACGAAACAAAGAGCUCAUGCAAACAGAAGUCUCAAGGCGGCUUCGAGAAGCUCGGGACGAGAGCAAAAAGCUGAAGCGGCAACUCGGGCGAGUUGCCAUGUUUCCCACGAAGCGGAGAAAGCUCGCGAACGGCAAAGGGAAGAGGGAGGACUCGGAGUUUGACGAAGACGUUCCUGAGCUCGAGCCCCACAUCGUCCUUCGCGUCAACAUCGAGAAAUGCCUAGUUGAGCUACGCAACCAGCGACUUGCCCAGUAUGCUGCCGAUGCAUUCGGUGAAGUAACUGGCCAAAUCUACCACACUGUCUUGCGCCUCUUGACGCAGCAAGUCCCCCGCUGCCAGCUUGACCCGAGGAUCGACACCGAUAACGACGGCGACGGACCCGGGGCGAACUCAAAACAAGUAACUGUUACGAGUCUCCAGAUCCACGACAACCUUGACGAAUCCAUCGACGUUGCAUUUGGCAUAGGCAAAGCUACGCAAGAUCAGAUUGAUUACAAAAGCGCCGAGAGAAUCAGGGCAGCACCCGGACCCCUCAUGUAUGACUCUGACGACUCGUAUGACGAUAACCCCAAACCCCCGAGGCCCUCUGCUCGUAGCCAGACCAAUGGUGGCAGGAGAGCCGGGUCGGACAGCGAUAGUGAAGGCGAGGGGGAGGGUUCUAGAGAGACCAAGGUCAAGUUCGAGGAUGUGGCCUCAAGCGGCACCCGGCUCGACCAAAUGAGGCAACACCUCCUACUACUGGCCGAGAGUAGGCAGGGAUUCUUGCGUCACUGCGGCAGUCAAGGCCGGGGGCAAUGGACGGUGGAUUUCAAGCCCUUGCUUGAAGAGUUCAAGCAACAAGAAGUGGAUGCUGUCAUUGAGCAGUCCUUCGGAAGGCAUGGGCUCCGUCUGACCCGUAUCCUGCGAGAGAAGGGCAAGCUGGACGAAAAGAUGCUUCCCUCACUUGCUCUUAUGAAGAAGCAAGACGUUCAGGGCAAGAUGCUAGCGAUGCAGAUGGCUGGCUUUGUUGACGUUCAAGAAGUUCCCAAGGAUGCCAGUAGAACGGCCACUCGGACGAUGUUUUUCUGGUUUUUCGACAUCGAGAGAAUCGAGAACCAGCUGGUCGAUGAUUACUACAAGACCAUGCUUCGAUGUCUUCAAAAUUUGGAGGUGCACCGAUAUCGGGAACGUAACAUUUUGUCUUUUGUCGAGAGACGAGACGUGAAGGGCAAGGAGGAAGAGGUCAUGACUGCCGAGCACUACAACAAGUACAGCACCUUUCUGGACUUGCAAAGCAAGCUUCUUGGUCACGUCAUGAGGUUGGAUGACUUGGUCUCAGUUUUUAGGGACUACUGA